AUGCUUCUUAAUACAGAAUUUUAUCUUUAUUUUCCAGAGGGUAUAUUGUACCAUUAGCUUAGGACAUGAGAUUUUGAUAAAGUUUAAGAAGUAUGAAAUUAGAAAGUUCUUUGAUGGUUAAAUUCAAUUUACUUAAAAUGAAUUGCAAUCAAUCUAAUAAUUCAAGCAAAAAUAUUAAGUUUAAAAGGAGGAUUCCUUUAUAUUACGAAUGCUAUAUGCAACUAAAUUUAAGUUUGAUAAAUGCUUAGAAGCUAUUAAAACUUAUGAUGAGUGGAAAUAAAACAUGGAUCCUAAAGUAAAUCCAAUGUCAUAAGAAUUAUUGGUAUCAUUAGAAUUCAUUCUCUAGAAACAAGGAGUGAUAUAUAUGCAUGGAAGAGAUAAUAGAUAUCGACCAAUUAUUGUCGUAAAUGCCAGAAAAGUUGCAGGAGUUAAAGAAAUCGAUGUCCUACUAUAAUCAAUGACAAUAUUUCUUGAUUACGUAUUAACAAAUUGCAUGCUUCCCGGUUAAAUUGAGAAUUGGUAAUUCAUAUCAAUAAUUAGGAUUGUUAUUAUGGAUUUAGGUGGACUGGGUAUUAUGGGGUUGCCAAAAUAAGAUCUUUAUCGAAUCAUGAAUUAUUUAUCCAGUAAUUAUAGAUCUAGAAUGCAUAAAUGCUAUGUUAUUAAUUGCCUCAAAGCACUUAGUAUCACUUGGACAAUGAUUAAAAACUUUCUAGAAGAUAUAACUGUAAUUAACAAGCUCAUACUUUAGGUUAAUAAAAUUCAUUUCGAGAACUGUCCACUUCCAUUACUGUAAUAUACAAAUCCUCAACAAUUGGAAAAGAAAUAUGGAGGAGUCGCCAAUGAUAAAUAGGAUAACUUUUGGUAGUCCAUAUCACUAUUUAUAGGCCUCCAUAAGAAAUAAGUCCAAAUUAUCAAAUCGCAAUAGACAACAUCAAAUUGAUAGAUCAGCUCACAUAUGUUGAACUAUAUAAAUCUGGUAAACUAGCUAAGAAUAGAAUUUGCCAAGAAUUAAUCAAGCAAUAGGACCUGUAAUAAAAUAAUCAACAAAUCAAAUUAGCACAAAAGUCUGAAGAUGACUUUCAAUCUUGCGAAGAAGAUAAUGAUUUAUGA